GCGUGGUCAAGCUAUUAUGCAUACGGCUGCACGCGGACUGCUGUUCACGUAUGGCACGAAGGAAGGCUUGCAUUGGCGUUGUCAAUUUCGCGCAUCCGGUCUCAACGGCGAGACAGACGAACUUUAAAGGAGCGAAAAGUGUGUUUCUGUGUACCGUAGGAAAAAACAAAAAACACAUGAUCAGCCAGGUGUAAAAUUGUUACAGUGCAAAGACGGACUGUUUACAAACCACAGAAGGAACAACGGAAUUGCCCCUGGAUGUGAAUCUUCUAUUCUCACAUCUUCGGAUAUGCAGAGCUUGUUUUACAACAGUACUCUGUCCAACUCCACGGUUAUUUUCGAAAAUGGAAAAACUGUACUGUGGAUCCAGUUGGCCAUGGCCGUUCUUAGCAUUGUGGGAUCCGGCUCCAUAAUUGUGUUUGCAUUUUUCCAGAAUCUGCUUGGCACGUGUGAGGUCAGGGCGCUGUUCUUCUUGAGCCUGGCUGACUUGCUGGUGUGUUUCACCUGGCUCAUCGGUGCAGUCCUGUUAAAUCAGACCUGCGACAAUCGCACCGCCUGCUAUAACUUGCAUGCCGUUGAACAGAUAUUUUACAUGUCGUCCUUUUUUUACACCCUCAACUAUACCUGGGUGCUGUACAUGCGUUUGAAGGAGGACUGCUGCAGGGACGUGACUGGCCAGUCCACUGUGUUCCCUGGGAGGACUAGCUCAUUAACCAAGAUGGCCCUGGUGUUAUCAGGUGUCUUGCCUGUGCUGCUUAUGGUGCCAGUCUUCAUUGUGGGGAACUCAAACAGCUGUUCCAGGAGCCUGAGCCAGGCUUAUGAGUGUCUCCUGAUGCACACAUGGGUGCUGUACUCACCCUCCAGGGCCAGACUGGAAGCCACGCCCUGUCACCACGUCCACGCCUACAGCAUCGUCAUCUUCGUCUCCACCUUCGCCGUCAGUUUGAGUGGCAUUUUGGUGUUGAUGGCGAAGGCGCGUUCGGUGUACGCGCGCUGCGUGGAGUCCACCGACGGCCUGCUGGACGCCAGGGGGUGGGCGGGCCUGGGAGUGCGUCGGCGGCAGAUGAAGCUUUACCCCGCCGCCUUCGCGGUCUGCUGGUUCCCAGCGGUCCUGCUGGCAGUCUUGAUCCUGUUCAACCUGCAGGAAGCACCGUUGCUGUAUGUCAUCCUUUACCUGCUGCAGGCCUUCACGUCCCCCUCCCAGGGCUGGCUGAACUGCCUGCUGUACGGCUGGACCCAGCAGCGUCUCCGCACCCUCACAGCCCUGGAGAAACGGGACGUCGACACCCAGACCCCCCUCCUGCGCUCGCAGAAGCAGAAGAGCUACGCGACGCAGACGGAGUGAGGCGCUGGGGCGGAUGCAGGCGGGGAAGGAGCACAGAGUCCCUGUUGGCACAGUCGGGCCUCAACAGGAGCGGGGCUGCGCUGGGGGCUGAGGUUUCCAUAGAGUGGGUGAACACGAGGCUGAGGGCCAGACCUGUGUUGCCUUAGCAACAAAAAUCCCUACUGGGUCCAGCAAUGUGCUUUUUUUUGCCGCUCUCAUUGAAAUUGAAAAGGCCCAGAAAUUCACCCAGAAAGUGGUCAGCCACAGUGAUUUGUUAGCACACAAGUUAUUAUUCCCCCCCCAGGGGGAUGAGAACUCUCACAAACAACAAAAUAUGAUGAGGAGUUUUUGGUCCUUCAAAAAAUAUGACAGUUGUUACUUAAUGAGCCCAACUCCUUAAUUAAUGAUGCAAAACAUAAAGGACCACUUCCAGACAAUAGUCAUUGCUAGCUUGCUAGCAGUGUGGCUGAGGGUUGGGAGUCAGACCGUGACUGAUCACCCACAUGAACACACAAAAGUUUUUGGUCUGGCAAUACCCAUACAGCAGUGAGAAUUGCUGCACUAUGAAUGUGUGAGAAAACAAGUCUAAAUCUUAAAGGGAUUUCCCAGAUUAAACCAGAGAUGAGAGAGGACGGAAAGCCCAAAGCGUUAUGAGGAUAAAUGAGAGAAGUUUUAGUUAAAAUGAGAACGCAAGUCAAACAUAAGCACUGUAACCUAAGCAGGUUCUCAUUGGGUCAUUUUCUCAGAACUUCUUGACCCCUUGCAUGCAAGCACUGCUUGUGCACAGAAGAUGCACAUUUUCAUUUGACAUGAUGUUAAAAUAGCUGCGAUGAUUGUAGAAAAGCAUAUUGUGCUUCUUGAUGCUCUGGUCCUGUGUUCUGUGAAUGGUGCACUUUGGUCUUUGAAUGUAAAACAGGCUGCCAGUGAGCAUUAAAACAAAAAUGGAUUGCA